AUGAACAUAACAACAACAACGACACAAUCAAACUCAUCUCAACAAUCAAAUACUGUGUCAUUGUCCUCUUCUUCUGGAUCCUCCUCCUCAUCGUCUUCUUCUUCUAUUUCCAACACUAACAAUGCAAGUGGUGCUAACAGUAGUAACAAUAACAACACUAGUACUUCUUCUUCAGUGUCUUCGACUACAAUAAUAAAUAAUACAUUGCAAAAUUCUACCACACCAGCAUUCACUUCAACAGUUGCUGCAUGUCGACUAUUAAACCGAGCACUUGUAUCAUUAAGAUAUUUACAAAGACUUGGACUAGCAAGAUGUCAUUUAACUGGACAAUUAAAAACUUUACUUGGUGGUUUAAGUCAACCUUUGGAGUAUUUAAAUUUACAGGAUUGUUGUCUUUCAUCUGAAGAUAUUCAUUAUUUAGUACAUCAAUGGCGUCCAUUACAUGGUUUAUAUGAAUUGAAUCUUUCACGUAAUAAUUUAUCAGUUGUACCAGAAGAAACACUUUAUGAACUUGUACAAAAUGUUUGUCUUAAACCAAGAGGUCGAUUAGUUUGUCUAUCAAUAGCUUAUACAUGUUUAUCAAUUGAACGAUUAAUUGAUUUACUCAGUCUAAUGGCUGGAAUGGAUCCUUCACAUAGUUUAAAUGAAAAUACUGAAGAAGAUAAUAUAGAUACAAAUUAUAUGGAUAAAUGGAUUGAUAAUAUAUGUACAUUACGUGUAUUAUGUAUUCAAUCAUUUAUUCCACCAACACAAUUACAAAUUCAUCGUAUCUUAUAUAGAAUAAUACGUUUACCAAAAUUACAUAAAUUACAUAUAUUUCCAGCAUUUUAUGCAUUCCCUGGAGAUACAGAAAUACAACAACGUGAACAACGUUAUAAUCAAUUAAUACAUAGUCGUAAUUAUUUAAAACAAAAAUGUCGAUCAGAUAUUGAAUUAUUAUAAAUUAUGAUUUUUUUUUCUUUUUUUCUUUCUUUUUUCUUCUUUUCUUUUUGUUUUUCUUUCUAAUUAUGGUUUCCUAAUGAGAAACAAUCAUGAUCACCUAAUUCAUUAUGUAAAUGAAAUGAGAUAAGAAAUUAGGAAUUAGUUACUAACCAUCAGUCAUGGUGAGGGGGAGUGCCACCCUUAUCAUCAUCAUCAUCAUCGUUUUUUUUGUAUAUCUUUUAAUGAGAAAAACUUUUUAAAAGUGAUACACAUUGAGUGUUUCUUUUCUCUUUUUUUUUUUAUUAAGAAAAAAACAAAAAUAUUUCCAUGUGAAAAUAUUUUUUUUGUUUGUUUUGUUUUGGUUUCAUUUCAUUUCAGUAUAAAAAUAAAAUAAAUUUUAUGCAUCAUU